AUGGAAAAAUCUGUUGGUUCAGCCAUUGAAAAAAUUAAGUUACAAGAACAAGAUAAAGAAGCAAAGUUAAAAGAAAAACGUGAAUUCGAAGCUAAUAUCGCAUUACUACAUCGUAACAUAAAAGAGAUAAAUACUCAAAUACAAAAACAUUCCCAGGAGGAAAGUGCAUUAACUCAAACAAAUAUCAAACUAAAAUCGCAAUUGGAUGUAGAAAAAAUUAGGAAUAGAGCUCUUUCAACUCAGAUAGAGAUGCUUAAAAUGGAACUAAUAGAGUUACAACAUAAAAUAAACCUAGAUAUCUCAAAAGUUUGGAGUAUCCGUUCGUCUUUUUGUGAAACAAUACAAAAAACAUCAGAUGAAUAUAACGUAUGGGCGCUAUUAAUGAAACCAGUCUAUUCGGAACCAAUGCAAUAUAAAAGCAAGAAAUCUCCUGAAGAACCAGUUUCUAAUAUUGGUAGGCUAGAAGCUGCAAUCGAAAGGCGAGACAAAGCUAUAGCAGAAAAAAACCGCUUACUGGCCGAGCCUGAUAAUGGCGAAGAAUUUAUUCGAAUUAAAAAUGCAUUACGUUACUCCCUGGAAAAGAUAGCGAGUCUAAAACAAAACUAA